AUGUCCCUCUCAUUCCCAAAAUUCCCAUUAUUGAUCCAACUCGAAGUGCUAAAGCAACUGGAACUCCAAGAAGUAUUCUUGCUCAGUUUAUGCUCAGAAAAGACGAAAAGAGUGGUUCAACGUCUCAACAUGAAGCCAACGAACCUGAUAUAUUUAUUCUGGGAGAAUGGGGUUGAAGUUUUUGCUGGAUAUGACAACAAUCACAAUCAGAUGAAACAUCAUGUUGCCGACGUGGAGUUCGUUCCAGCCAUCCCUAGUGAUGAGAUGAAACCUAUGAAGUUAGGAGGGAACACAAUUAGUUACAGAUGUAUCGAAACAUCUCUUGAAGAAAAGUGUUCCCACGCAUUACACUAUCUUGCACUAGAAGAUCUUACUGUUCUAGAAUCCCUCCAACGUCAUAUGAAAGACCUGUUCCGAUUCGACACUCGCGUUCAACUGGUGUUAUUAUCCCUUCAUUAUAUAAACAUGUCUUGCAUCAUCAAUGACGUCACAUAUACUUAUUUUAAUGUAGAAGAGUUGGAUACAGAGCAACUUGAAAACUAUCUGACCAUUCAUCCAGGUCAGGAUAGUCUUCAAUUGGCGGCAAAACUCACUGGACCACUGUUGAAAAGCGAAUCGAAAUUGUGUUCAAUCAAAACGUUAGCUCUUCAUGGAUUACAGCAUAGAGAUGGUUUAAUCGAUCUUUUCCUUUUUUUUGAGUCUCGUCAAAACCCCCGCCAACAGUUUUCGGAAGUUAUUAGCAACUUCGGUGGAGAAUAUUUGUUCUUAACCGAUUUUGUCUAUGAUGUCACAGAUUUGGCGCAAUUAAUCCGGAGAUGGAAGAGUAAGGAGGCCUACCACAAUUUGAAAUUUGUUUUCUCAACACCACCCAGAGGAAUCUCUAUAUUUUUUGAGCACGCUAUGGAACAAUUCAAUUUUUUAGAGUGGGAUGGUCAGCGAAGACCGCGGACUGUCAAGUUGGAUCCAAAAAUUAUCAAUCUCGAAUUAACCUCUUCUGAAGAUAUUGACUGCUCCGAGUGGAUGGAUAUCCAACAGGACGGAGGCGGUAAAUGGGCUUCAAUUAUGUUGUCACAGAUUGAAAUCCAGUUUGUUGUCUGGGACUGA